GCACGCCGGGCAAGAGGAAGACCUCCAGAAGCUCCCCGCGCAGCGCGGCUGUGUUUGCGGCCUGUGCGAGUAGGCGCUUCGGAACCAGUCUCCCGGUGAGCGGCGCGCAGAAACCUCGAACCGGUGGAGCCCACUCGUAACCUGGAGCUCGGAAGACCGCGAAGACCGUGCUGUUUCCUCAGCGGCGGGAGUCUAUCCUGAAUUUAGAUCGUGUACAUUUUGGGAACUUAUUUUAGAAAAGAUCUAAGUUUUAAAAAUUCUCAAUGGACAGACAGAGAAAAGAGGGUCUUUGCCAACUCCUUUGGACCGCUGCAGUAAGAAUGUCUUUCCCCCCUCAUUUGAAUCGCCCUCCCAUGGGAAUCCCAGCACUCCCACCAGGGAUCCCACCCCCACAGUUUCCUGGUUUUCCUCCACCUGUACCUCCAGGGACCCCAAUGAUUCCUGUACCAAUGAGCAUUAUGGCUCCUGCUCCAACUGUUUUAGUACCAACUGUGUCCAUGGUUGGAAAGCAUUUGGGAGCAAGAAAGGAUCACCCAGGCUUAAAGGCUAAAGAAAAUGAUGAAAAUUGUGGUCCCACUACUACAGUUUUUGUUGGCAACAUUUCUGAGAAAGCCUCAGACAUGCUUAUAAGACAACUCCUUGCUAAAUGUGGUUUGGUUUUGAGCUGGAAGAGAGUACAAGGUGCAUCUGGAAAACUUCAAGCCUUCGGCUUCUGUGAGUAUAAGGAACCCGAGUCUACCCUCCGUGCACUCAGGUUAUUGCAUGACCUGCAGAUUGGAGAAAAGAAGCUCCUUGUUAAAGUUGAUGCAAAGACAAAGGCACAACUAGAUGAAUGGAAAGCAAAGAAGAAAGCUUCUAAUGGGAAUGCGAGGCCAGAAACUGUCACUAAUGAUGAUGAAGAAGCCUUAGAUGAAGAAACAAAGAGAAGAGAUCAGAUGAUCAAAGGGGCCAUUGAAGUUUUAAUACGAGAAUACUCCAGUGAGCUCAAUGCCCCCUCACAAGAAUCUGACUCUCAUCCCAGGAAGAAGAAGAAGGAGAAGAAGGAGGACAUUUUCCGCAGAUUUCCAGUGGCCCCACUGAUCCCUUACCCACUCAUCACUAAGGAGGAUAUAAAUGCUAUAGAAAUGGAAGAAGACAAAAGAGAUCUGAUAUCCCGAGAGAUCAGCAAAUUCAGAGACACACACAAGAAACUGGAAGAAGAGAAAGGCAAAAAGGAGAAAGAAAGACAGGAAAUUGAGAAAGAACGGAGAGAAAGAGAGAGGGAGCGUGAAAGGGAACGAGAAAGGCGAGAACGGGAACGAGAAAGGGAAAGAGAACGUGAACGAGAAAAAGAGAAAGAACGGGAGCGGGAACGAGAACGAGAUAGGGAUCGUGACCGGACAAAAGAAAGAGACCGUGACCGGGACCGAGAGAGAGACCGGGACCGCGAUCGGGAAAGGAGCUCGGAUCGGAAUAAGGAUCGGAGUCGAUCAAGAGAAAAGAGCAGAGAUCGUGAAAGGGAACGGGAGCGAGAAAGAGAGAGAGAGAGAGAACGGGAACGAGAAAGAGAACGAGAGCGAGAGAGAGAGCGAGAAAGGGAACGGGAACGAGAGAGAGAGAAAGACAAGAAGCGUGACCGAGAAGAAGAUGAAGAAGAUGCUUACGAACGAAGGAAACUUGAAAGAAAACUCCGAGAAAAAGAGGCUGCUUACCAAGAGCGCCUUAAGAAUUGGGAAAUCAGAGAACGGAAGAAAACCCGGGAGUAUGAGAAAGAGGCUGAAAGAGAAGAAGAAAGAAGAAGAGAAAUGGCAAAAGAAGCUAAAAGACUAAAAGAAUUCUUAGAAGAUUAUGAUGAUGAUAGAGAUGAUCCCAAAUAUUACAGAGGAAGCGCUCUUCAGAAAAGGUUGCGUGAUAGGGAAAAGGAAAUGGAAGCUGAUGAACGGGAUAGGAAGAGAGAGAAGGAAGAGCUAGAGGAAAUCAGGCAGCGCCUUCUGGCUGAAGGGCACCCAGAUCCAGAUGCAGAGCUCCAAAGGAUGGAACAAGAGGCUGAAAGGCGCAGACAACCACAAAUAAAGCAAGAACCUGAAUCAGAGGAAGAAGAAGAAGAAAAGCAAGAAAAAGAAGAAAAACGAGAGGAACCCAUGGAAGAGGAGGAAGAGCCGGAGCAAAAGCCCUGUCUCAAACCAACUCUGAGGCCCAUCAGUUCUGCCCCAUCUGUUUCCUCUGCCAGUGGCAAUGCAACCCCCAACACUCCUGGGGAUGAGUCUCCAUGUGGUAUUAUUAUUCCUCAUGAAAAUUCACCAGAUCAACAACAACCGGAGGAACAUAGGCCAAAAAUAGGACUAAGUCUUAAACUGGGUGCUUCCAAUAGUCCUGGUCAACCUAAUUCUGUGAAGAGAAAGAAACUCCCCGUAGAUAGUGUCUUUAACAAAUUUGAGGACGAAGACAGUGAUGAUGUACCCCGAAAAAGGAAACUGGUUCCCUUGGAUUAUGGUGAAGAUGAUAAAAAUGCUGCCAAAGGCACUGUAAACACUGAAGAAAAGCGCAAACACAUUAAGAGUCUCAUUGAGAAAAUUCCUACAGCCAAACCUGAGCUCUUUGCUUAUCCCUUGGAUUGGUCUAUUGUGGAUUCUAUAUUGAUGGAACGACGGAUUAGACCAUGGAUUAAUAAGAAAAUUAUAGAAUACAUAGGUGAAGAAGAAGCUACAUUAGUUGAUUUUGUUUGUUCUAAGGUUAUGGCUCAUAGUUCACCUCAGAGCAUUUUAGAUGACGUUGCCAUGGUACUUGAUGAAGAAGCAGAAGUUUUUAUAGUCAAAAUGUGGAGAUUAUUGAUAUAUGAAACAGAAGCCAAGAAAAUUGGUCUUGUGAAGUAAAACUCUUUUUACAUUUAGAGUUCUGUUUCAAUUUUCUUCUUCUUUCCCACCCUUCAGAGGACUUUGGCUUUUUCUUUGUCUUCAAAGACAUUUGUGAGAUCUGUAAUUUUUUUUUAAUGUAGAAAAUGUGAAUUUUUUUGUCCUCUAAUUUGUUGAUGCCCUGUGUACUCCCUUGGUUGUAAAGACAUCUGAAUCCUGCCUUGGUUCUCUUUAUACUCACCAGGUACAGAUUACUGGUAUGUUUUAUAAGCCGCAGCUACUGUACACAGCCUAUCUGAUAUAAUCUUGUUCUGCUGAUUUAUUUCUUGUAAAUAUUAAAAUGACUCCCCAAU